GCGCGUUGUGUGUGGGUCUUGGAGUUCGGAAUCCCCAGGACUCACUUCCCUGGUCCUAUCGGUUCCGGCUGGAGAACGUAGUUCUGGGGCCCUGGGGCGGAAGCAUAGCAGGGACUCUUCCAGAAGCCAGUACCCUGCAGUCGCUCCUGGAUCAGCUGCCGGGCCGGGCCUUCCCUUCGAGACUGACCCAAGAGCUUCUUUGGCGCCGGUGGCCCUGGGGCCUCUGGGGCUUUGUGCAGGACCCUCCCUUUCCUAGCCUUAGUUUCCUUAAGUCAUGGGACCAUAAAUAGGGUGGAGAAGUGAUGCUUUGAACCCAGGUGGUCUGGCUCUGGAGCCCAUGCUUUCAUCUGCCUUGCAGUGUUGCUUCAGUUAAGGAGAGUAGCACUGGAGGAUGUUCAUUCUGCAAGCCUACCUGGGAACCAUUGGCUGAUUUCUCUUUUUCUUGGCCAAAUUAUCAUCGGAGCCAGUCCUCAUGGCUGGUCCCCUGUGGAGGGCUGCAGCAUUUGUACAGAGUCACAGGACAGGACUCCUGGUGGGUUCCUGUGCAGGUCUGUUUGGAGUUCAAAUCUCAUUCCACCUCUUCGCAGAUCCCAUAGUCCAGUGGCUAUACCAGUACUGGCCUCAGGGCCAGCCAGCUCCACUUUCCCCACAGCUGCAGAGUCUCUUCCAAGAGGUGCUACAGGACAUGGCUAUCUCCUCAGUUCACUGCUACAAGCCCUUCACCACCUUCACCUUCCAGCCUGUGAGUGCUGGCCUCCCAAGAUUCCCUGCUGGAGCUGUGGUGGGAAUCCCUGCCAUUUUCCUAGGUGGCCCAGUGACCAGUGUUGACCAUACUGUGGUCAUACAUGGGCAAAGAGUGGAUUGGCAUAGCCCAGCAGGCACCAAGCUGAGAGACGCCCUGACCUUGUCUCGUGAUGCCCAGAAGUUUGCCUUGGCUAAGGAGGUAGUAUACCUGGAGAAUAAUGUGGCUGCCCUUCAGGCUUUGCCAGCUCCAGCUUGCCUGACAGGAACCUGGGUACUGAGUGUGGGUGUCAAGCAUGCCCUGGGGCUUUAUGGAGGCCCCAUUAGCUUGCGGGCUGCCUUCAACUUGGUUGCAGCAAUGGCAGGCUUUGUGGCCUACGCCUUCUCCAUGGACUCCCUCACCAUUGCCCUGGAAGGCUGGCUGGACCGCCGCACAGCAUCCCUGUCUGCAUCCUAUGCCCAGGGAGGAGUGGAAUUCUACGAGAAGGUUCUAUCUGGCAACCUAGCCCUGCGCAGUCUCUUGGGCAGGCAAGGGGAGAAGUUAUAUACCCCUAGUGGAAACAUUGUUCCCAGGCACUGGUUCCGCAUCAAACACUUACCUUACACUACCCGCCGGGACUCUGUACUGCAAAUGUGGAGGGCAACGCUCAGCCCAGGUCGUUCCUGAGAGUCUAGUCAACAAACAGGAUAUUCCCAGCUCUCAUAGGUACCACCCUGUGAUGGAUUCUGGGGGAAUCUCUUGGUGCCUUUGCACCCACAGCCCAAGAUCAGAGCACUGACAGUCUUUGCAGUUUAACAACUCAAUUGUGUCCUCAGCACUUAUGGUCUCUGUGGCCAUGGGCAUGUCCUUGUAGGAAUCUGAGCCUUUACCUCAACUGUGAAGUGGGAAGGAUACAAGCUACCUCACAGUAUUGAUCGUAGGGUUGCAUGAGAUUAUGAGCACAAGGGCCUGGCAAAGGACACCAUAAAUAAAUGGAUCAUUGCUCUUU